AAACGUCUUCGGCUUGCGUCUUAUGCCCGAUAUUUGUUCCUGUUGUCAACGCAUUCGUUCGCUGGCAGGCACAAAUUCAGAACGUGGGUAGCAAGAGAAGCUUUCAUAAAAAUUAUUAAAACCAGGGUAACUGCUGAAACGAACAGCCCGAAACGGAUCACGUCGUAGUUGUACGCGGUGUUGUGGCGGAAGUGCAGAGAAAAAGUUAGAUUGUAAAAAUCUAAGCAAAAGACUAGAGAAAAAGUGGUUUUCGUGGUACAUUAACAAAUAUCGUCUCGUGUAAAAGUGAUUUGUGGAUUGUGUGAGAAAAUCACCAUUUUGACAAAGACCAGCCUAAAGUACACACCUUCCCCAUCAUUCCUGGUACAUACCGCACACUUGUGUGAAGGUGUUUGUGUGAGUGUGUAGACGCGCUCGAGAUUGCGCUUGUGUGUUGCAAAGUGUAAAGCCGUUGCUUCUAUCAGAAUCGCCAAGAUGAAUGCAGGGAUGAGCAAAAUACAUUUCGUCAACACGACGGGUGUGUCGUUGAAUGAUCGCUUCACAUCGAUGACCAAAACGCAUGUUGGAUACGGCGCGGCUCCGGUAAUGAUGGAAGCACCGCUUGCCCGGCCGAAUCCUGUUGCCAUGGUAGAUAGCAACCGUCGACUAAUUGAUCAGUGGGAUCGUUUACAUGCGCUGCUGGCCACAAAAACGACCAGUAACAUUCGUUCGGCCAGGCAACGGCUUCAGCGUAAUACAUUGGCGCAGCAGAUGAAGCGUACCAUGACUCGGCUGCCCGGCGGUGUACGCCGUUUGCAGCGAUCAAACAGCUUUACCGAUGUAGCAACGAUGAAUGCUGAUCGGGUGGAACUGUUGCAGAGGGUGCGUGGUCGUACACCGACGGUCUCUUCCCGCCUGGGUGCGGCCCGUAACGUAAGCCGCGGUCGCAGUAUGUCACGAGGACGAAGUGCUUCACGGAAUCGCAGCACAUCCCGCGGACGACAGCCUUCGCUUACUCGUUCGAACUCACAGACCAACCUACAACGUGCCGGUUCUCGCACCAACUUGACUCGCGCCGGAUCCCGCACCAACUUGACCCGUGCCGGAUCCCGCACCAACUUAACUCGGGCCGGAUCCCGUACCAACUUGGCUCGCGCCGGAAGUCGUAAUGGACUGAACACAGCUCGUAAAACGAUCGCACCAAAUGAUGCCCGACGGCGUAUAAACCGCAACAACCUGAUUGCCAAUCGGUUGGGUACAGUUAACGGUGCGGUCGGCGCACGUGGCCGUAGCCGCAGUCGAAGCCGUGUCCGUGGAGCAGCAGCAGCAGCAGCAGCUAAUGCGCCGCCGUCUGGAGCCCAAAAUGGCCGAGCACGAUCGCGAUCGCGUAAACGUGUCGGAUCUAGAACACGAGCGGGAAGCGUGAACAGCCGGCUCGGUAUGAAUCGUACGAACGAGCCAACCAACGCUGCCAGUGGCCGACGGGCCAAUGGAGGCCGAGUGACUAAACGAAGCCGUAGCACCCGCCGCGGUGUGCCUAAUGCCUCAACGGCCGGUGCACGCGCUGGACGCCCGCUGAAGAGAGAAGCGCCCAAACGCAAAGGAGCGGGUGGUAAAGCAAUGGCGGGAGCAGCCAACAACGGCGGCAGAGCUAAUGGUGGAGGAGGUGCAGGUGCAGCAUCCAGUAGACGUGGACGAUCCCGAUCACGCCGUGCAAAUUCGCGCGUUCGUGGACGCAGUGCUUCAAACAAUCGUACCGGACAUGUAAAGCAGCAGCCCAAGAGCCGCGAAGAGCUGGACUGUGAGCUGGAUCAGUAUAUGGCAAACACGAAGUCGUCGCUCGAUAAAGAAAUGGAUCAGUAUAUGAAUGGCUUCGAUUCGGUACGCAUCUGAAGCAGCUCAUCGAUCGAUCCAGCCAUACAUUAACCUACACUAACAGGCAAGCCGUUUUAAACUAAUAUCCGCUACUGUGGACAUUAGGUGAACUCUAUACCUUUAAAUGGGUAUUAUUACGACGUAUCAUUAAGCAAGACACACGAAUGCAUUUGCGGGACUCUGGUAAAGUUUGUACACCUAUAUAUUGCCAGGAGUGACGACAUCGUGACUUACAAUAUAAGUUCGAAGUUAGUUUUAUUCAACUAUACUACCAGUAAACGCUAUAUAUGAAACAGUGUAUCAUGUACAAAGGAUUCUCACGUAGUUUGUUAACAUUAUAUGAAUAAAGAAGAAAAAAAAAGAAUUUUAAUUCACAUUUAGGUGAACACAAGCGAA